CAGACAAGUCGUGUCUGACGGGCUGCCGGGCUGCGAUGCCGAUCUUUGUGCGUUCAACAGACGUGGCCCGUGAGCCCAUCGACAUAUCAAUGGAAUUGUGCGUGACGGUGUCUUGCCCUAUGGCCCUGUUAGAACUUCAUUGUACCGACAGCGAGCAAUACCUGGCACCUCGCAUGUUUGGCAAGGUUUCGCCAAGAGACCCGCCCAGGGGCAGCGACGUGCGGUCGGGUGCACAAGUGGUGUUGCGCUCGGAAACUGAAACACUGAGGGUGCAACAGACACAGCACAGGAAGGAGUCUUGAUGUAGAUCCGGUCUCUCGGUCGUCCAUACAAGUACAGCAGGAGACUGUUCACGUUGUGCCACCUUGGUCCUAUCCUCCUGGACGUGCAAAGGAACAGACAACAGGGCCGUCAUUGAACCCAUCGAGGCAAACAACUCAGGCCGUUGCGCUGUUGAAGGCAGCCGACACACCACAGACACCAUGAACCUGCCAUAUGCCGUCUUUGCAAUCCUGGUCUUUGGUGUACCAAUCUAUGAGCGUUACGAGCGCACACACUAUCCCAACGAUGGGAUUCCGACAAGGCUGAAGUGGACGGCACAGAUGGCCUUGGGAAGCACCACAGCGGCGAACAGCGUGUGUCGCAUUUUCUCAGUCAUGCGCCAGCGACAAGGCGCAGGAGGGAAUUACCCAAAUCCAGACGGGAAAGCAGUGUCGGUCGGUGCCAACCACCACUGCUUGGUGCUGGGUGUGACAGUUGGAGGCAUAUCAACAGCUUAUAUGCAAGGCUCGUGGGACGAGAAGGACUGGUCUUAUGUGCAGGACAAGUCUGACAAGCUUCAACUGUGGAACUGGGGCGAUGAAUCUGUGGGCGCGAGUGUUGAACAGAUAGGACAAGAGAAUGGUGCGAGGCGUGAACAGGAUGAGGUCUGAUCGCGGGCUGGACGCAGCGCGUCAGGGGAUCACCGUCGCUCAUGAAGUGGACUCGGGCGGUAUAGGACCAGCGCCCCGCGACCAGAAUCAAAAAUUUAACCUAGCCUAAUUUGGC